AUGUAUCAACCAGAGAUUCCUGCCCAACCAAAACCUACUCAAACUGUCGCAGGCAUGGAUUCAGCAGUGAAAAGGUCUGCAAAGACUGACCCACCAGGAGUCUCAAUUUUAGGUCGUGUCUCUGCAUCUAUUACCGAUGUACUCGGGCCUGUCAAUGAAAGAGUCCUCUGUGUAGAAUGUGGUAAGGAUUUCGUCAGCGACCGAGCCUUUCUUGACCAUUUUCAACCUACUCACGGCCAUAAUUUCGGAGAUCUAAAACAAGCUAUGAUGAAUAAAAUAAGUCCUGGCGCGUUUAUGAGUAGCCUUCCCCGUGCAUGGGCAAACACAAGAGCCACAGAGCCAAUGCACACAACUGGUAGUAGGCUAACUACCUCGUCUUCUUCUGAGGUACCUGCAAAAAGUCUCAAUAACUCUUUUUCCAUGAGCUCUUAUACUGAGCAUAGAAACAAUGAUAAUGUCGCCAAACUCGCAACAAAAAAGUCUUCCAAUUCCAAGUCAAGCUCGACAAGAAGUUCAGUUCCUAAAUCAUCCACCAAGACCAUUUCCAAGGCACUAAAACGGCCAGCCGGAGUUGCGGAUCUGUCUAGAUUGAAGCUUCCAUCCUCGAAGAGGAAACGGAUGAUGGGAUUCAACAAGGCCCUCAGUGUUGAAUGUUUCGAAUCAUUUGUUUCUGAAAAAGAAAACUCGACGGAUCCCCCGGAUCUUGAUAAUUCCCGAAUGAUUGUAGCACCCGACCCAUCAAAGUCUGGUGCCGGAUCAACCAGCUCUCUCAUCACCACUACUGUGUCUUCUUCACUUGAAAGUGCUUCAGUCUCGCUUUCAUCUAGUGUAAAGCCCGAGGCAUCUCGGAUUGAAUCAUCCUAUCCCGCAGAGGCACAUCCGGUGCUUUCUCCUCCUUUAAACUUUCAAUCAUCAUCCAUAGAUACCCCAAGUACUAGCUCAUCAAUGAUUACUUCUUCCAAUUCACACGUUAUUCCUGUUUUGGAGACCUCAAUUAUCAAGAGUUCGGAGACAAAAUCUAGUUCAACUAUCGAUGAGGUGUAUACUUAUGCCGAGAUGUGGGCUGCCACUCAAUUAUUCAUUGAUACCCCAUCCAAAAUCGAGCCUUCAACCGAACAAGCCGUCAAUAUGCCCUCGAUUAUCGCUGAAGCGACCGCCUCCUCAGUUAUUCCAGUCAUCGACCUCGACAGAUGGGUUUCAUCCCCCAAUUUCAUUGCCACCUACUCAUCCACCUCUUCCUCUGUCCCAGUGAUCAAAACCGAGACCGACACGGACAAGAAGCCACGGUUGAAAGUCGACGAAGAUGUAAAAAUUCCAGAAGCAGACAUCAAGAGUUGUGAAGAGGAAGAAAGGAGACGGGAGACAGAGCUUGAGGAUGCGAUGAGAAUUGCUGAGGCGAGAAUGGAAUUGCAUAGAGUUAGGAGGAAGAUUGAAACAUUGAGGUCAGGAAGUUUGUGA